AUGGAGACACAAUCUGAACAGAAUGCAGUUUGGUCAUUGACUCUCGCUACAUGGUCGAAACUUAUGACUGGAGAAUCUUCCACAAGCUCCUUCCCAUCAGGACCAAACUCAAAGUCAUCACAAACGUUCUCAAGAUCCCUAACCCUAAAGACAAAGCCUUUUCCACAAGCUCCAGGGUCUCAUGACUCUCAUCUCCGUCUUUCUCAAGUCGUAAAGCUCUGCUCAAAAGCCAUCGACGAUCUAGGGUUUAACAAAACGAAGGCCAAUUUGAUUGCCAGUUAG